AAGACGGUAGAAAAUUUCGCCCAGAGCGAUGCAUAUUGAGAAAAACACCCUUAAUAUUUCAGUGUAAUAAACUGCAUAUCGCUUUACAUUAAAUGUUUCAAUAGUUUUAGUGAAUUUGUUCGGAAAAAAUGUGAGUGAAUCGUUUCAAAAGCUUAUCGCAAGGGGUUGCACUGUUGUGCCACCGCCGCACCCAAACCCCUUCUUGUGCUGUACAAGCACAACAAGGUGACGAACAAUCGGUAAACGCAAAUAACGUUUUCGAAAAUGUUUGCAUAUAAAAGAAGAUAAAAAGUAAAGUGUAUGUGAUGCGGGGUGGAACAGGAUCAUCCUAUUACUCCUCCGCCCUGCCAACGAUCAUCAGGAGAGGAUGCUACGUUACAGCUUUUUACUUUUUAUUUACAUUGAUUUGUAAAUGUCAGGGUGAAUCUGUAUUCGCACUAACAACAACGGCAUCGCCGCAUCAUUUCCCGCAUCGCGGAGCCGCCCGUCAAAUGUACGGGUCAGGACUACAAAGAUCUGCUGGAGACCGACCGUUUACCGUCCGUAACAUAGGAUACCGUAGGAUCCCCCCGAGACCUGUCUCUCCGCCAACAGAACCAAUUUUUCCUUACACUUUUUUAAAGAGACAUCCCAUUCCCAUCAAUAUUUUUCCACACAUUUAUUUUCCUAAGGGCACCAUAGCUUCAAGUUCCCGGAACGGAGGAAUAUUAGGCGUUGGGAAGGGUAGAUCGAAUCACGACAUUCAACCUGAGGGCAUCGAUGAGGAUGAUGUAAGAAAUCACGAAAGGUACGAAGAAGAAUGCACGUGUGGACCCGGACAAAUACCCUGUCCAGGACGAACUUGCUUCUGUAUAACUAAACAUCAAAGAUGUGAUGGCAUACCUGAUUGCGAGGGCGAGGAGGAUGAAUUACAGUGUGAAGAAGAAGAGAAAAAGUGCGAAGAUUUAAAGAAUCACGUAAAAUGCCCGCAAUCUGGAAAAUGCAUCUCAAAAGAUUGGCUUUGUGACGGUGAUGAUGACUGUGGUGAUUUUUCUGAUGAAACACACUGUGGAGGGGUAGUUAACUGCACCGACGACCAAUUCGAAUGCACUAAUGGCCUAUGUAUACCCUUUACUUGGGUUUGUGAUAACGACAAUGACUGUAAAGACUUUUCCGACGAAAUUGGCUGUAACAAAACUGAUGGAUGUACCCAAGAUGAAUUUAGUUGCGCCGACGGUAGUUGCAUCUCGAAAAGUUGGAGGUGUGACAACGAAAGAGACUGUCCAGAUGGAUCUGACGAAGAUGCAAGUUGUGCUUCUGAAGAACUGGUGUGUAAUCCGGAAAGUGAGUUCCAAUGCUCUUUUCAAAAGUGUAUCAAACAUGCAUUUAGAUGUGAUGGAGACAACGAUUGUGGUGACUGGAGCGAUGAAGAAGAUUGCCAGAGUGCUACCGGAAAUUGCGUGGCAGGAGAAUUUAAAUGUAAAAGUGGUAAAUGUAUCCCUGAAAGAUUUAGAUGUGACAAACAGAAGGACUGCGAAGAUGAUGACGAUGAAGCUAAUUGUAACUAUGAUCAUAACGUUACUUGUUCCCCUGAGGAAUUUACUUGCUCAAAUGGUGCAUGCAUACUGAAAAAAUGGAUUUGUGACGGAGUUCCUGAUUGCAAUAACGGAGAGGAUGAAGUGAAAUGCAAUAUUGUUUGCGAAAAAUCUAAAUUUGCUUGUAUGGGUGCGAUCGGUAAUGAGACGUUUACCGAUUUUUGUAUCGGAAAAAAACACGUGUGCGAUGGCCAGAAAAACUGUCCGAGAGGUGAAGAUGAAAAAAACUGCCCAACUAAAAGACAAUGCAAUGUCAACGAUACCUGUGCUCAAGAAUGUAUCACCUCAGCCAAUGGCAAAAGUGGUUGUGCAUGCAGGCAAGGCUUCGAAUUAGGAACUGACGGAGUCAGUUGUGAAGAUAUUGAUGAAUGUGCAUACGAAACAGAACCUGUCUGUUCGCAAAAGUGUACAAAUAGCGUCGGAAGCUUUAAUUGCGACUGUAUGACCGGAUACAUACUAAGACCGGAUUUGAGAACGUGCAAGGCCCUUGGAGGGUCCCCGACUUUAAUUUUUGCCAAUAGAGUUGAUAUUCGACAGGUCUCUCUUCAAAAAUCGUCUUCAAAAUACACAGCUAUUUUGAAAGGACUCCAUAAUGCAAUAGCAUUGGAUUACCAUUAUGAAAAGGGACUUAUAUUUUGGUCGGAUCUUUCACUUGAUGUAAUCCGUAAAACUUACACGAACGGAACCGGAAUAGAAGAUGUGAUUAGGUGGGGUCUAGAAUCCCCAAGCGGAAUAGCCGUUGAUUGGAUACAUAAUUUAAUCUUUUGGACCGAUUCUGGUACCAGAAGAAUUGAAGUUGCUACCUUGGACGGGAUGCAAAGAGCAAUUCUCGUUGCGAGUGAUUUGGAUAAGCCAAGAGCGAUAGCAGUUCAUCCUGGAGAAGCUUAUGUCUUUUGGACCGAUUGGGGUCCUUUUCCCAAAAUAGAAAGACUGGAAAUGGAUGGCACUAAUCGAAUCAGUAUUAUUACAGAAUCAAUAUUUUGGCCUAACGGUCUUACUAUUGAUUACACGUCUAGUAGAAUUUAUUGGGCAGACGCCAAACACAGUGCAAUUGAAUCAUCACUUUUCAAUGGUAGAGAUAGGAAGAAGGUAGUAAGUCGAGGACUUCCUCAUCCAUUUGCGCUAACCCUUUUCGAAGAUGCGGUUUACUGGACCGAUUGGCAUACCAAAUCGAUAUCAACUGCAAAUAAAGCCACUGGAGCUGGACUUACCACGUUACAUUCGCAUUUACAUUUUCCCAUGGAUAUACACAGUUUUCAUCCUCAAAGACAACCGGCAUUUCCAAAUCAUUGCGGCAAUAAUAACGGUGGAUGUCAGCACAUGUGUCUGCCGGCAAACAAGAAUUUCACAUGCGCUUGUCACAUGGGUUUAAAAUUGGCUUCCGAUGGCAAAAAGUGUAAAAUACCAACGAAAUUCCUAAUUUUUGCCAGAAAUAAGGAUCUAAGAAUAAAACACAUCGAUGAAGAAGCUGCGCAUCAACACGAAAUGGUCAUACCAUUGGAUGGGUUAAAAUCGGCUAUUGCUUUGGCAUGGGACUCCAAAGAAGAUUAUAUAUUCUGGACUGAUGUAGAAAAGGACACUAUCAGCAGAGUUCAUUGGAACGGAAGUGAUCAAAGAGUUUUGGUUCACACUAACAUACAAACACCAGCUGGCUUAGAUUUCGAUUGGAUAACAAGGAAACUCUACUGGACGGAUACCGAAAGAGAACGAAUCGAGGUGGCUAAUAUUGAUGGAUCGAUGAGAAGUUUGCUUAUUUGGGAAGGAUUGGAGAAGCCCCAUGACAUAGUGGUUGAUCCCUUAAGCGGAUAUAUGUUUUGGUCGGAGUGGAGAGAGAAGCCCAAAAUCGAACGAGCUGCAAUGGAUGGUACUCAAAGAAAAUCUAUUAUAAUAUCCAAUCUGGACUGGCCAAAUGGACUUGCAGUCGAUCACAGCAAUGGGAAAUUGUAUUGGACCGAUGGUGGAGAGAAAAGGAUAGAGUAUUCGAAUUUUGACGGAUCGGAUCGAAAGGUUUUAAUAAGUACCGAUUUACUGCAUCCAUUUGGACUUGAUAUUUAUGGUGAUUUUGUUUACUGGUCAGACCUGAGCGCUUUACGUAUAGAAAGUGCAAAUAAAUUAACGGGUUUAAAUAGAACCGUUUUGGAAUCAGGAAUCAGUAACUUAACAGAUGUCAGAAUCUUCCAUCGGAAAAGAACGUACAUUGAUAAUCCUUGCAGUAAAAAUAACGGAAAUUGUUCCCACUUAUGCUUCUUAAAACCCAAGGGGUAUUCUUGUGGAUGUCCAACAGGGAUAAAACUACUUGACGAUAAAAGAACUUGUCCAAAUGGACCGAAAAGUUCACUCAUUCUCGCUCACAGAACUUACAUACGACAGAUAUCUUUGGAUGUUCCAUAUAUUGAAGAUGUAGUUUUACCAUUUUCCUCGCUUAAGAACGUUGUAUCAGUAGAUAUAGAUCGCAAUACUGGAUUAAUAUACUGGGCUGACACAGCAGAGGAUGGAAUUUAUAAAGCUACUUUGGAUGGAACCAAAGUCAGACCUAUAAUUUACAACGAAGUACAGAUGGUUGAAGGAAUAGCCGUAGAUUCAUCCGGACGAAAGAUAUAUUGGACUGACGGAAAAAGAAACAGUAUUGAAGUGUCAGAAUUAAAUGGAUUGAAUAGACGAUUACUAGUGUGGAAAGGAUUAGAUAAGCCGAGGGCUAUUACAUUACAUUAUCGUGAAGGGCUUAUGUUUUGGUCUGACUGGGGAACGACCGCCAAAAUUGAAAAGGCAUAUAUGGACGGUUCGAACAGAAUUGCGAUCAUAACUGCGGGUGUAAAAUGGCCGAACGGUUUGGCAAUUGAUUCUCACGAAAACCGUUUGUACUGGAACGAUGGAAAGAGUGGGAAAAUAGAAUGCAGCGAUUUUAAUGGAAACGGAAGAAAAACAAUUCUUACCGAAGUACCACAUCCGUAUGGGCUAGUGGUAGUGGACAAUCAUAUCUAUUGGACCGAUUGGAAAACGCAAGGAUUACAUCAAGCUGAUAAAUUUAACGGAACAAAUGCCAAGAAAAUUCGUGGAAAUUUAGAAUUACUAAUGGACGUCAGGGCAGUACAGAAAGACAAAGUUGAUGAAAACGCCUGCGGUAAUAAUAACGGUGGAUGUUCGCAUUUGUGUUUGCGACGUCCAGAUUCAUUUACUUGUGCAUGCGAAACGGGGGUUCUUAUGACCAAGAAUGGCAAAAUUUGUGAGAAACAACCCACCAAAUACAUUUUCUUCUCUACAAGGUCAAGUUUAGUAAGAAUAAGUUUGGACACUGAAGAACUGUGGGAUGUUACUCUUCCUGUGGGAGGUAUAUUUAAUGCAAUAAACGUUGACUUCCAUUGGAAGAAACGGCUCUUAUUUUUCACUGAUGACCUCGUUAUUAAAAGCGUAAAUAUGCACAAUCUAUCAGAUGUAAGGGAAGUUAUAAAAGAUUUGGUAACGGCAAACGGCUUAGCAGUUGAUUGGAUUGCCAAUAAUUUGUAUUGGAUUGAUGCUAGUCAAAGAGUUGUAGGAGUAACAAAAAUCGGACCAGGAUACCAGAAAAUAUUGAUAAAUGAGGACCUGGAGGAUCCCAGAUCAAUUGCAGUCUUUCCAUCUAAGGGACUAAUGUAUUUUAGUGACUGGGGAGGAAAGCCUAAGAUUGAGCGAUCUUUUCUGGACGGAUCGGGCAGAAAAGUUCUAAUAGUUGAUGAGCUGAGAUAUCCUACAGGUUUAACUUUAGAUUACGAAAAGAAGAGAUUAUACUGGUCAGAUUACUAUUUGGACAGAAUAGAAUCGUCGGAUCUUAACGGACAGAACCGCAUUCAAUUGAUUCAUCCGAAAUCUGGAGGGCAAACACUUGAAGCACCACACCCUUUCGGCUUAACACUAUAUGAAGAUAGCGUAUACUGGACAGACUGGAAACAAAAAACAGUGAAACGGGCAAAUAAAUCCACUGGGAAAAACAUAACAACGAUAAGGGACAACCUUGAUGGCGCUGUUGGUAUAACGGUUGUUACGGAAAGUCGUCAAACUGGAUGGAAUCCAUGUAGCGAUAACAAUGGUCAGUGUUCUCAUUUUUGCUUCUUUAAGGUAUACAAUUAUACCUGCGGAUGUCCAAAUGAUCCAAAGAUAACAGAUUGCUCACAAGAGCCAGCAUUUUGGGUAUUCUUCAAAGUCGAACCUUUGGACGAAAUGAGGAUGAUGUCUGGUUCUAAAAACGACGACAAUUCCCAAAUCGAAGAAGACGAUACUAAAGAAUCAGAGAAACUAUUCCUGUUAACAUUUUUACCUAUCAUGUUGAUAAUAAUUAUUACUGUACUCGUCGUGUUUGUGGUUUUAUAUAAAAAAAAUAAGAAGAAAUUGAUAUACUCAACAGGAAGGCGAGUGAUGGCAUUUUCAAACCCCAAUUAUUACUCAUCCAAUAACGAAAAUCCUUCAAACAGCGCGCCAACUGAUAAGAAAUCAUUUUUAUGGAAAAGAAUAAAGUAUGACAAAUCUCAGGACCGCGUAUAUGAAGAAAAGGUUGGUACUGCAAGUCCUGAAGUAACGAGUCUUAUUCCAACUGUAUUGACACCAAGUAGCUCAAACUGUGAAGCAAUCACUCCAGAACUUGGUCGAUCACCAUUUAUCUCACCUAUUCAUCAGAUCAGUUCAAUUCACCCAUCCGCAUAGAUCUAAUGCGACAAUUAAGUAGGAAGAAACUGGAUAACAAAAUGAACAUGACCCAUUACCUAUACUACUGCCGCUAAACAAGAAAUACAACCAAACAGAGUAUGUAGAUUACGUUCGAAACAAGGCUUUUUAGUUUUCAACAGAUCACAUGAUCAAUAAAUAAUUUAUCAAGAAAAAACAGCGGAUAUUCGUACAAUAAAGAACUUUUUUACCAGUUUAUAUAUUGCAAUUUAUUUUUCAAAUUCUGGAAAUCACAUUUUCAGCUUUUCCUUUCAAUUACAAGAAAUUAAUUAAACAAAGAUUUCGAGUAAAAUAAACCAGCGUUUUACCAACAAAAACUACAACCACAUGCAUCAGUGCCAAAAAAAAUCAAUUAGUCACCUUAUUCUUAUAAAAGUAUCUGCUGCAGUAUUGUAAAUAUAUGAGUAUAAGAAAUGUAGGUGACUGACAAUAAAUACACAUAUUAAUUAAUAAAAAGUCUAUAAUGCAAUUGAUUGACUCACCGAGUGAAGUUUUCUACGUGCCAAGAUCGAUCUUAGUGUCAGCAUAUUAUUUUUAUGGAACGCACUUUUACCUGUAAAAAUAUUUUUGUAAGGUACAUUUGUUAAUAAAAAUAAUUAAUUAUAAAUUUUUAACUAAAACAUUUCGCUGAAUUUAGACUUUUGCUUACUUUAAGCAGUCGUAUUUUUCUUCCGAUGGUGGUUAGAUACAUAUGUAUAUGUAUGUAUAAACUUAUUACUAACGAUUUUACAACGAUUCAUCCAAAAUUUCUGCAUCAUAAUCAAUAAAAUUAAAUAUUCUACAAUUACACCGUAACAAUUUCUGUACCAUUCGAGGGUACCAGCAGCAUAGUUGUAAUAUUUCGUCCAUACUUAUUACUAUUGUGCCUACGUUUUGAAAACGUUCUGUUUUGAAUCCAAAGGAACAUUUUAAUUUUUGUAGUUUUGGAUAGAUCGUUGUAAAAUUUUAUAUUCUUCUGUACUUAUUUGUUGCGAUCGUAUUUUGUUUAAUUAGUCAAAAUGGAACCGGGAAAAUUACGAAAAAAAAAAAAUAAAGUAAAAUUCUGUGCAGUAACUCUAGUGUAAUUCUAAGUAGAUG